CUGACUUGCCUGUCUGAUUGUGAAUAUCGGUUGUUUGACUACAAACACCUUUUCGAGGAACUGCUAGAUUCAUCUAUUCACCUGCGUCAUAGAAGAAUUCUUAUAAUCAAGUGAAUCAGAUCAGUAUACCUACCUACCUAUACAUUCUAGUGAUCGAGUGGCACUAUUUCCUCAACCGACUUCAUCAAAAUGACCGAGAAGGAAGAAUUCGAAGUCUAUCCAGAAGCUCUGAAUGAAGCCGAGGAGGAUAUCAUCAAGCCCGAGACCAUCAAAGAGAGAAGCCUAAGAGUGCUUUCCCGAACGAAGAGUGCAGCGAGCUGGAAAGAUCCAGGUCCUCCUCCCGAUGGCGGAGUUGUCGCGUGGACGCAAGUCUUGGUCGGACAUUUGAUCAUUAUGAAUACCUGGGGUUUCAUCAACUCGUUUGGUGUCUUUCAGGAGUACUAUAUCGAUUUUCUUGGUCGUUCUCCCUCGGAUGUAUCGUGGAUCGGGAGUGUCCAGGUAUUUCUGGUAUUCUUUAUUGGAACAUUUACUGGUCGUCUUACCGAUGCUGGGUACUUUCGUCCAGUCUUUUUGGUCGGGACUGUACUUAGCGUGAUAGGCAUGUUUAUGGCCUCCCUAUCAACACAGUACUGGCAAUUAUUCCUCGCUCAGGGAAUCUGCUGUGGUCUCGGCAAUGGGUGUCUAUUCUGUCCAGCGCUCUCAGUUGCAUCCACAUACUUCUCAAAGAAUAAGAUGUUAGCCGUCGGCAUUUGUGCAUGUGGUAGUGCUACAGGAGGCUUAAUCUUCCCCGUCAUGUUUCAACAACUAAUCACACCUCUUGGCUAUGGAUGGACCAUGAGAAUCUUUGGUUUUUUCACUACAGGCUGUUUGACGAUCUGUAACAUAUUAGCGAAACCGAGACUUCCACCUCGUAGAACAGGUCCUAUCAUUGAACUCGCUGCCUUCAGAGAAGCAUCCUACACCUUGUUUGCGAUAGGAAUGUUCUUGGUAUUUUGGGGUGUCUAUUUCGCUUUCUACUACUUGAGCUCGUUCGGGGUCGACAUCAUCAAUAUACCCCAAAAAGAAUCAUUCAACAUGUUUCUCAUCCUCAACGGUGUUGGCAUUCUAGGACGCACCGUUCCCGCGUAUUUUGCAGAUCGCUAUACAGGACCCAUGAACAUUCUCCUCAUGGUCACCGUCGCCUGUAUCAUAUGUGCGUAUGCAAUGAUUGGAGUUACAACUCGAGGAGGUCUCUACGCAUGGGCAGUGGUCUAUGGAGUUGUUGGGAAUGCUCUUCAAAUGAUGUUUCCAGCAACAUUGAGUAGCCUGACAACGGAUUUGAAGAAAGCGGGAGUGAGAAUGGGAAUGAUUUUUACGAUCGUGAGUUUCGCGGUGCUGACAGGUCCUCCCAUCGCUGGUCUUUUAAUCACAAGAGAUAGCGGUCGCUAUCUAUAUGCUCAGCUCUUCGCAGCAUCGUCUCUGCUCGUAGGAUUCUUUUUCCUCUGUGCAGCUAGAUUUGUGGUUACGGGAAAAGUCUUGCUUUACAAGAUUUAGGCUAAAGGUAUCAAACAUGACGCGAUCACGCGAUAUCACACGAGAUUAUGACGAUCCAGUAUGAUUAAUCGGAAACAAAGACUAUUUAAAUCAAUACAGGCACGUCUAAGAGAUAGAUGGCAUUAAGAAUCGCGCUCAAGAUCAACCGUUCUUCACCUACAACCAACUAGGUGCAUACAGCAGCACUUCUGCCAUUUACAACAAUCUGAAUCAUCAGAUAGGAGCAUUGAACAUAACCUAUAGAAAAGUUAUGAGGUGUCAUCGUAGAAAAAAAAAAUUCUUAGAUGGUUUCCCCAGAUCGAUCUCAGUCGG